UAUACAAUCUGGAUUUGUGUGUUUUUUUUUUUUUUUUGUUUUUUUUUCUUAAGUUUUAAGUAACAUAGACAGAAUAAAGGUUUUAAAGUUUUAGAAAAAAGCGGACGCAGUGUCACAGUGUUAAAUCUGUCUGAAUAACAAACGUAUUCGGUCCUCCAACAAAAAUUUACCAGCACUGAAUCCUGUGUAUUGUAUACGGGUGUUUUACAACUUGCACACCAAAAAUCUACGGAAGCUUAUCUGUAACUUGAACAUCUAACCACUAAAAUGAUAUUUAUAUAACACUAAUAGUAUGUUAAACGAGUUAAGGAAAUGAGGUACCGAUUGCGGCUAUAAUAAAAAUCUUAAUACAGACGAAAGAGAAAGUAAUAAGGUAAACUUCUAUGUAUAAUAGCAAUAAACAAUUCUAUGUGUUUUACCAGCCAUUAUUUUUAUUGCGGGUGGUAUCCUUGGUAGAACUACAGACUUCAACAACCCGAUCAAAUUGCUUCCACACAGUGAUCGAGCGAGGGACAAGUGGUUCGUUGUUUGUGACCGUCUGAAUGCAGACCAUCCCCUUCAACUUUACAUUCACAAUAUCAUUACAAAACAAAUGUAUUUGUUAUGCAAGUAUCGUAGAGGUUUUGAUUUUCCAUUAUUAAUAAAAUCAAUGCCAUUUGCCAGGCUGUCCUAAAGGAAACAUCAUAGUUGUUAUAAACUCCUGCACUUCAUGUAUUCCUGGUUUCUCAGAAAAUACCAAAAGUUGCAUUACUUUAUCGGAAUUUAUUUGUUAAAUGACAACUUGUACACUUAUUUUGACGGAUACAUGAUAACGUUCAAAUUUUCGAAUUGAGAUAGAUUUUUAUACUGGAAUACAGAAAACAACGAUUUAGACGACGCUUUGGACCGGUGAAAAUGUGAGUUGGAAUGUAUCAGUAAAAGUAUUAAAUAAUGUCGGACAGAAUCAGCGACGUUUUUAAAAUUAAAAUGUGGCAUUAAAGCUUUUAUAUUGUGAUAUAUCAGUGAAAAUUUAUAUUGCAACGUGUCCAUUACUGUUUUUAUUUGAGCAGAAUUGCAGAUGACCGUGGGAUUGUUGGUGACCAGACAGAAAAUUGCUAUUCUUGCAUUAAGGAAACAUGACACGAAAGCUACAAGACUUAGUACUGUUUUCAUAGGCGGAGACUGACCAGAAUGAGCAACUGCUUGAGGGAUUUAAAAGACUUGAAGAAAGGCUUGAGAGACAAGAGGAGCUCAAUUUGAAGUUGCAGGACAUGUUGCGGCAUCAGGAAGAAAGGCUUGAGAGACAAGAGGAGCUCAAUUUGAAGUUGCAGGACAUGUUGCGGCAUCAGGAAGAAAGGCUUGAGAGACAAGAGGAGCUCAAUUUGAAGUUGCAGGACAUGUUGCGGCAUCAGGAAGAAAGGCUUGAGAGACAAGAGGAGCUCAAUUUGAAGUUGCAGGACAUGUUGCGACAUGAGAAAGAAAGGAACAAUGCACAAGAUGCCAUUAUAAAACAACAAUAGAAGGAAAUUGUGAAGCAACAGAAGAAUUGCAGAUGCAAUAAUGAAGAAGCUGAAAUGGACACACAAGAAGAAACAAAGAAACAAUAUAAUAUCAAGAGUAUCUCAAGACGUAACAAAGACAAGCGCAAACUCAAAUCAUUUACUAGAGCAAACCGUGAACUGUUGGAAAGAGUGGCGUUCUCUUCAUUUCUUGACCACAAUCUCGAACAUCUUGGAAUAAAUCAUCCAAUAAUAUACAACAAAGUACUACUGAAUGAAGGAUCAGCGUAUAAUAAUAACAGCGGUAUGUUCACCUGUCCAACGGAUGGCUUGUAUGUGUUUUAUUUCUCCGUAUCAACGAACGGUGUACACCAGGUCGUUGCAAAGUUGGUAGUUGAUGGCACAAAUCAAGUCGAUGCUAUUUCUGUUACCUUUCACACUUACCAUGAGGCCCAGGGUGGUAAUCUUGUCGUCCUUUCAUUGCAAAGUGGCCAACAAGUAUGGGUAGCUAACUACAGAUAUGUAGACAAAUCAGUGCAAGACUCAAACGCCAGCAGAUUUUCGACAUUCUCUGGCAUUUUGCUCUAUUAAAAUGGAUUUUCGCAAACUGUGUAUUUCUUUUUCUUUUCUUUUUUUAUUUUGUUUUCCUUUUUUUUAUUUUUUAUUAUUUUUUUUUGUUUGAAACUCGGUUUGCUGAAAAUAAGCACACACUGUUGACAAAGACGGUGCAGGUUGCAGGUUCCAUACCCAGUAAAAAUUGAAAUUGAGAAUCCCUUUAUGAAAUCCAUGAAACGGUUAUCGAGUAUAUAUAGUUAAAGUGGCAUUAUAGGCAUCUUACUGCACAUAGUGUGUUUGUUGACUGUAUUAUAAAAGCAAUUUUUAGAUGCUGUGCAUUGAAAUUUGUUAAAUUAGCGAUAAUGUCUAAGUACUUGAAGUUGAUGUUUA